CCCCCCCCAGCCCCGGCACCCCUGGAGUGACCUUAUUAAAGACACUGCGUCGUCUCCCCCACUCAAACUUCCAGUGGUUUCCUGCUGCGUUUCGAAUAAAGUCUAAACUCUUCGCCAUCUGGCUUCCGACUGCCUCGGGCGAGUGACACCCUUUCUGGGCCUGAGCGUCCCCGUCUAGAAAAUGCGGAUAAAAUCGUGCCGGCCCCACUUCCGCACUGAAGGAUUGAAAAGAGACCCGUUUACAGUCAGCUCCUCCCCACCUUCCCCGGGCCCAACAUCGCACCCUCGCCCGACUCUCUUGCGUGUCGUUAACGCUACCGCAAAAGACCAUCCCCCCUCUUUGAUACCCUGGCGGCAUCGGCAUCCCGAUUCUCCCUGCCCCGUGGCAUCCUGCCUGGCUCCCUCUCAGGCACCAGAUCUUGUGCUGUGAAUUCUUUCUGGGAAAUGUCGCUGCCUGGGGCCCCGUCCUGUGCCAGGGAACAGCUGCUUCAGAGUUGAGAAGUAUCAGAACUGUCAGAGUUAAGAAGGAGCCUAACUUCCCAGCUUAGGUCUAAAAAAGUCAGGAAAUAGCUAGCAUUCGGCUUGCUAAUAUUCAUCCUUGUUUAAAAAAUGUGUCUUCCUCCCAGCACUUCAGAACUUCCUGUUCUUCUAGAAUAAAGUCCCCCAGUCCUUAGCGUGGCGUUCAGUAGAGCACUGACUCCAAGUGUCCUCCCUGCCAGUUACACCGCCCGGGUUCCAGGCUAAGCGGACUCCCUGUGACCGUUAGCUACGCCCCAUGCUUCCUCCCUCUGUGCCCUGCCCCCCGGGAGGCCCUGUGCUCAGUCCCUCUCUGCAGGCCGCCACCCCACGCCGGGCUUCGAACUACCACCGGUGCUCCAUUUCUGUCACUUACGUCACGUGGCACCUUCUGCUUGGUCGUGUCACUCUCGGUACUGCCCUCGCGUCAUUGCCCCCACCGAAGGACAGGGACCGCGUCUCGUUUUAUCAGCCAUCUACCGUAGCACGUAGUUUCGGUGUCCCUGGUGCCUAGCCAGCUCGUGGGUUAAGUCGUAUCUACCACUGCGUGCCAGGUGAUGCAACACCCUAGGAAGCAGGUAACUAUUAUCAUCCCCACUUUAGAGAUAAGGAAGUUGAGGCUUAGAGAAGCACACCACUUGCCCAGCAGCGCUAUCACCAAGUGCACAUCUGAGCUCUAGACCUGGGUGUGCCUGGUAGCAAUAACAUGUGCCAGCAGCCAGCCUGGAGGCUUCCACCGUGGUGCCAUUUGUAUCCUCAAAAGACCCGGGGUGGUGAGAAUUGUUAUCCUUAUCUUCCACAGGCGUGAACUCAGGCUUACCGUUCAUGAUAAGAACACUCGACAAAGCAGGAGAGGAAGGGCAUGUCCUUAAUCCAAUAAAGGCGUCUGAGGAGACCCCACAGCUAAUGUAUUUACUGGUGAAGGCCAAAUGCUUUCCAUCUAGGACGGGCACAGAUUCAACACCGUCCCGGAGGUUCUAGUCAGCACAGUUAGGCGACACAUAGAAAUACGAGGCGUUCCAACUGGAGGAAAAAAAAAAAAAAAAAAGACACUAAAACUCUCUGUGUGCAGAUGACAUCAUGCUAUAUAUAGAAAACCCUGAAGGAUAUACACGCGCACAUAAACCUAGUAGAGCCAGCAAAUGAGUUCAGCAAGGUCACAGGACACGAGAGCAUCACACAAAAAUCAGCUGCAUUCCUGGACGUUAGCAAUACACAGCCCAAAAGAGAAAUUAAGAAAACAACUCCACGUACGAUGGCGUCAAAAAGAAGAAAAUUCUCGGGAAUAAAUCAAGCAAGUGCAAGACUUUUACCCUGACAACUACCGAACAGAGUUGAGGAGUAUUAUUCUGCCCUCAAAGGGGAUGAAGCCCUGACCCCAUGCUGCCAUGUGGAUGGACCUCAAAAACACCGUGCCACCUUGAAGGAGCCAGACACAAAAGGACGCACAGUGUAAGAUUCCGUGUAUGGAACACCCAGAAGAGAAUAAGUCACGUUUUCUUCCUCGAACUUGGCGAACAUGGAGGGAGCUGAUCCCCAGAGACGAGGAGGCCGUGAGCCCUGGGGAGGAGACGGUGGAGGCCCUGUUGGGCCUGGUCCGCAGCCCCCACUCCCCCUGGGCUCUGCUGGAGGGCUCCAGUGCAGAGGACCGUUUUCUGAGAGAACUGGCCAUCCAGAAUCCCCUGAUGCUCAAGGACACCUUCUUCUACUCCUACUUCAGGUCCCUACGAGUGGUGGACAAGCAGGUGAGCCUGGUGGAUAAAGACCUCCUGAAAUUUCUAAAUCUUGAAGAGUUGGUACUGAGUGCUAAUCAAAUCCAGGAGAUCGAUGCUGUCAACCUGCCCCCAACUCUCAAGGUGCUGGAGCUCUAUGGCAACGAGAUCCGCAGCAUGGAGUGUCUGUGCGCUGCCCCGCCCCCGCGACUCCAGCACUUGGGGUUGGGUCACAACAAGCUUCUGGGCCCCCUGGAAAGUCUCUAUGUCACCUCCAACCACUGGCCCAACCUCGUCUCUCUGGACUUGAGCUUCAACGACCUGACGGACCUGCAGGGCAUGAUGGCCAGCCUCCGCACCCUCCGCCGCCUGAGGCUGCUGGUGCUUCAGGGGAACCCGCUGGCCCUGCUGCCCUACUACCGAGGCUUCACCAUUGACAGCCUGUCCCAGCUCUGCGUGCUGGACGACAUCACCGUGUCUCCCAGCGAGAAGCAUCAGUUCCGGGGGCUCGGCCGCAGUGGGGACCUCUUGGCACGUCAGGCACAGCUCGUGGUGACCAUUGGAAAUGUCAAGGGGGUUCAGGACACCUCUGUCUUAGACCCGGAACCAGGGCCACAAGGCCCUUUUAUCACUUACAGCUAUUAUGUGACCUACGAUUUCGUAGAAGAGGAAGACGGAGAAGGAAGUGAAUAUGGUGGUGUCCUGGCGGAGAUCGUCAUGCCCUCGCCCAGCGCCGAACAGCUGUCCGAGGACAUUCCGGAGGACGUUCCCGAAGAGGUCUUCGAAGAGCACGAGGACUCUGCGGAGUCCGGGCUGUCCGCCCAGUCGGGAGAGCGCGAGGAUUCGCUCGUGUCGGGCGGGUCGGCGCCCUUGCCCGGGGUGGCCGACUCCGCGGAAGAGCUGGCCAAGCUGCGGCCGCGAAGAGACCCCCGGCUCUGCCCCUCCCCAGGGACUGUUCUCUUCAGCACUGUCCGCAAGCCCUGGACUGAUGUCAUCCCCUGCAGCUACGAGAUGCAGCACACACUCAAGGACCUGGUGCCACUCAAGGCUUUCCUGCUGGCGGGAACCACCGUGACCAUCGUGGAGGAGAAGAUUCUCUCUUGGCCUGUGGUGCUGCCUCCUGUUGAUGUCCCGUUGCCUGCCAAGAAAGGAAAAGGGGAGAAGGACAAGAAGGGGAAGAAGGAGAAAGACAAGAAGGGAAAAGACGGGAAGGACAUGGCAGGGAAAAGGGAGAAAGAGGUGGCAAAGGAACAGAAGGGAUCCAAGAAGAAAGAGCUUCCUAAGGAGCUCCGCCAGGACCCGCCCAUCCUGCGGGUGCUGGGCAGUGGCUUGGUGGUCCUGGAGCCCCUGCUGGCGGGGGAACCACUUGUGUCCGAAGUGUGCAACUUUGGGGUGAUCCGCACUUUGGAAACUGACAGGCUGACGUCCCUCAGGGAUUCAAAGAACAAGAACAAGAGAGCUAAAAAAGAAAAGACCAAGCCUGCGGCUGCAGUGUACGACGGCGACUACCAGCCCCAGCCCUUGACGGUGGAGGUGCAGAUCCAGCUGAACCAGUGCCGCACGGCCGAGGAGGCGCUCCGGGAGUUCGCCCUGUAGGGCGCGGGAUUAAAGUCCGUUCUGACCACCGCA